AUGGACAUAAUUUGUUACCUGCUAGUUAUAGCUUUGCUCAACAUCCAGGCGUAUGAAACGUAUUCUCAAUGUUUAAGCGGGUGCAGCUGUGUAGAAGACCGUCAUGGAAGGUCGCUCAUAUGUAUGGAGGAGUACGCGUUCGGGGCCAUACCAGACAACCUUCCAGGUGAUAUGACCAAAAUAAGAAUAGAAAAAUCUCACUUCACUGAAAUACCCAGAGGGGCAUUCUCAAACACGCCCGCCUUGGAGAACUUGUGGUUGAACUUUAAUGAUAUCACAGUGAUAAACUCAAAGGCUCUGGAGGGUUUGGGGAACUUAACAGAGCUCCGUCUGCAAGGAAACAAGCUCCGUUCAGUACCAUGGACAGCGUUCGAGGACGCGCCAGCCCUCAAGAUCCUGGACCUGAAGCACAACCAGCUGGACGUACUGCCGGAGCAUGCGUUAAAAUUUUUGCCAGGUCUGACUUACUUAGACUUAUCAUUCAAUCGGCUUACGGUCAUAUCGAAGGAAGUCUUCAUAAACUGGCCUCUCUACCAAAAACGACAGAGCACGGAGGAGCGAGACGCAACCGCUUUCGGGCCGAACGUCGUCUUGGCGCUCCACGACAACGCGUGGCUCUGCGACUGCCGCCUGAAGGGCUUCGUGGAAUUCAUCAGGUCCCUGCGCCCCCCGAUUAUACUGAUGAACUCCUACUUGACCUGCUCAGGGCCGGACUUUAAGGCGGGCAAGUUCUUCCAUGAGGUAGAGCUGCAGGCGUGCGUAAAGCCCAUCAUCACCACCCCUUUCUCCAACCUCAGCUUGCCUCAGGGCGCAAACAUCACCCUGCGCUGCCUCGCCAAGGCCAGGCCAGACCCCGCAGUGUGGUGGACAUAUGGCCUGAAGAUAAUCAGAGGAUUUCAUGAGUCUCAGGAAAGAGUGGGCGAAGACACCAUCAGAUCUCUCCUGGUGAUCCCCUUCCUUCAUGCAGCUGACCGUGGUGUCUACACCUGCACUGCUGUCAACUUCAUUGGAAACUCCUCUGUCAGCAUCCUCCUGGACGUCCAAUCUCCUGAAGGCUCCCAGUCAUCGCUCCUCCCUGGCAACCCGGCUCCACCACCUGCUGCCAGUAGUGAAAACGUCUACAUUGACAUCCGCAUCGCCAAACAGACAGUACGUGGUAUCACCAUUGAGUGGUACGCUGCCUUGGACCGCCCAGCUGAAACGUGGUUCACAAUCCACUUUGGCAAUGUAGGUACUGAUAAGAAAGAAAUGGUCUACAUCGGCCCUGGGAUUCACUCUUACUCCGUCUCUGAUCUGAUGCCUGCUACCAAAUAUGAAAUCUGUGUAACCCUUAAGAACCAGAUACCGCGUCCUGGCCAGUGCAUUGUGUUUGUAACUGGAAGUGACAUUACUGAGAUGGAACAGAGGGAGAAGCUGAUUCAUAUAGUGGUGAUAGUUUUAGCCAUGGUACUUGCUGUGCCUAUAGGUAUAUUUGCCUGCACCACUGACACUAAGUUUGCCUGCCUGGAGGGUAUCAUGGAGUCCUGGAAGAGGGAAAGAAGCUCCCCCCGGGUAGAGCGGGAGAGGCAGGGCACCUUCGACAGCCUGCAGGCUGCCAGCGACGAGGGCCUAGUUAAUAAAGAUUCCAGUGAAGACAGGAAGGUGAGGAGGAGGUCAGAGGACAGACAACAUAAAGGCAAAGCCGACCACAGCAGACAAACAGCUGAACUAUAUUAA